ACAUUCUGCAUCUCUUGAACCCGCUUCAAUGCUUCAUUUUAACAGGCAAUAGAUGUCCGGAGAAUAUGGCUGCGGCACUCAAGAUUGGACAACGUUUGCGAGGGCGUCUAGGAACAUAUACCAUUUUGAAGAGUGUACAUGAGAAUGUUUGGACUGCCAGCGGCACGGACGCAGGAACGGUCAUCAUCAAGACCGCACCGGUAAAGCGCCUUAAGAAUGAACGGGAGAUACUGGACAUAUUUCAGGGCUGCCCACAUAUUCGGCCAUUGCUUGAUCAAACCGAAGAACCUUCAGCUCUGGUGUUGAAGUUCCUUCAAGAUAACUUACUCAAGGCGUCAAACACGAGAAAGUUGGACAAGCCAGAGAUCAAGUUCGUUGCAAGAGGAGUCCUUGAGGCAUUGAAUGUGUUCCACCAAGCAGGUUAUGUACAUACAGAUAUCAAGCCUGACAACAUCCUCGUCAACUAUGGCAACGAGACGGAUCGUUUCAGCGAUGUAGAGCUGGGUGAUUGUGCAGACGCGUACCGUGUUGACCCAAACGCUGAUCCGUUCGAGGUGGGCCACCUCAUUGGCGCCGCGAUUUUUCGCAGUCCUGAAGCAAAUCUCCAACUCCGGUGGGGUACCGCUACGGAUAUUUGGUCAUUUGGUGCCACACUUAUAAGUCUUAUAUGGGGUCAAGACUGGCAUAUCUUUAUACCGGAGGGUUGUUCGGCGGAUGACCCGGAACACCCAACCCAGGUGCUGGUUAAGCAAGCAUCUAUAUUUGGCCCUUUUCCUUACAGUUAUAAAGACAUCGCCGAUGAAGAGAGACAGGGUAUUCUUGCAGCUAUCAACAACCAUAUCAACGAUAACGGACUGCGAAAACCGUUCUCAAUGGCUGAAGAUCCAGAGCUUACCGUGGAGGACAGAAAUUUCAUCUGCAAGAUCAUGAGGAUGGACCCAAGGGAUAGGCCCACGGCGAAGGAACUGCUGGAGGAUCCGUGGUUUAACUGAACUCUUGACUAAUCUGACAAGGCCUCAAGAAUGCAGACGGAGCGUUGGACUCGUCACCCUAAUAAGCGACAGAAAUGUUGAUGGAUGUCAGAGCACCGAAAAUGCCACGCAAUUUGAUACAACGCUCGGGGACGCACCACAAUGGGGCAUUUGUGAAGCGACAAUGACCUGUUUCCAUACUUCAAAGGCCGGACAGUUGUGCGAAAAUAGAACGAUAUUCGACCAACCAGCCUCAGUUGCCUUUCAAUUUUUUCGUAGCCAGAGUUGCAUGGCUUUCGGUCAAAUUAGUAUAGGACCGCUUCAUCAUUUCUCUGUUCAUCAUCACUAGGCACUGGAAUAUAUUUUUUACAGAUUGUGGCGUUGUUGUAGGCAUUCGCCGAAUUCGUGGUCUCGAGGGAAAAAAGAGAGAUUAUUAAAAUUUGACAGUAUACAUUAAACUGCGAUAAGUAUUAGUUUAGUAUUGAAAUCCUACC